AGGGACAAGAUUAUUUUCGGGUCCCUAAUUUUCAUUUUUUUAGCCCAGGCUCUAAAUCCGGUUGCUAAAAAGGUAAAAGUCCCGUCCUAAUAUUCUAAGUUCAGAGGACAAGUAUUAAUUAAGCCCCCCACCCCUCUCUUUUAUUUAUACCCAAAAUGAAAACCCAUCCUCUCCAUCUUCUAAAAUCCCUAACAUCGACUCUUCCAAAGGCUGCCGACGGCUGAAGAUUUACAAACUGGAACACAUGAGUUGUUAAUCUGAGCAGGUGUGUCGAUUUUCUUCGUCUUUUCUUUUUGGGUGUGGAUUUGGUGGCUGAGCUUGUGGUGUGACUUUGGGUCCAAAAGGAAGGAAUGUACUGCUUGGAAAUAAGUAUGGCUCUCCCAAGAUUGUUAAUGAUGAUGAAACUUUUCUUAAAGAGAAGUCAAUUAAGUGGCAAAUACAAAUCUGUUUUAAGCUUGCAAGCUUCUUCGCUAUGUGUUUGCUAUGCUGGAGAGCAUGUGGAUUUCUGGUGUUCUUGUCUUAUUAGUGUCAAAAUAUUCUCAAAUUAAGGCUAAAGGCACCUCGAUGCAAAUGGUGGGUGCGGAUUGGUUGAAGUCUGACAAACAGAACACGAUAUUGGUCCGAGGUUUGACAUAUAGUCUUGCUCUCUACCAUAUGAUGGAUACCCCUUUGGAGGAUUCACCUUUGCAUGUAGCAUGUGCGCUGGUCCAUAUCAUUGCACUUCUCUUUUGUUCCUUCUCAGCUAUAAAGCAUACAUUAGGAGUUGGAGACUUUCAUUUACACUUCAAGAUGCAAGUUUGAAUACUUUGAACAAGUUGACAAAUUGGUUAUCGUUUUGAUAGGAUUGUUUGGCAAAAUAUUGUAUUAUAUACAUAGAGAUAUUAGCUUUUUUGGCUGAUUGAGUUGUAUAAACAGUAGUGACUAUAUGUUUUUAUAAACAGUACUGCUUGUGGGAGGUUAAUCCAUUCCUUUAGUGAAUACAAUUUGAUUAUCUAUAUAAGAAAUUGUACAGUAUCUUAGAAAAA